AUGAGACGAAAGGCAGAUGGAUGGAUCAACGCGACUCAUAUUUUGAAAAUUGCCAAGUUUCCGAAAGCAAAGCGAACUCGAAUAUUGGAGAAAGAUGUCCAGUCCGGUGUACACGAAAAAGUUCAAGGUGGAUAUGGGAAGUAUCAGGGAACGUACGUGCCCCUAGAACUGGGGGCAGAAAUUGCUCGCUUGUUCGGUGUUUACCAAACAUUGGAACCAAUAUUCAAAUUUCAGUACAUUGAGGGCAAGUCCGAAACUCCUCCUCCCGCCCCGAAGCACAAUCAUGCUUCUGCUUCUAAUGUUGGCAGAAGACAGCAGCCUUUGAAAGUUCUGAACGCAGAUCCUCACCAGCUCUCUGCAAAUACUCUAAAGAAGAGAACAAAUCCGGAACAUGAAGUUCCUGAAUCAUUGAGGAAACGCGGGCGUCCCAAAAGGGUACCACUUCAGAAGAGACAUCGACCCGAGCUCUCCACACAUCAAACAAUGCCGACAGUCAGCCAAACAGGUCCAAGCAUGGGCACUUUCACCUCCAAGCAAGAUUCAACACUCUCUCUGAAUUCUGUGGGCUUUCCUUCAUUGACGCGCCAGGAUACAGAGAAAGAUGCACUCCAAAUCAUGGCCAGCAAUCUAAGCGUCCGUAAUGAUGAUCUUGAGCUGGAUACUAGCGGUGAUGAAGGCAAUUACAAGUUACGACACAAUCAAAAAUUCGCAACUAAGGACGAUGAUGAGGAGUUCCUCUCGGGACGGGAAUUAUUUGGUUUUCAAGACUCCUUCAACGGGGGUGAAUCGUUCGACAGGUUGGUUGAGAUGCACAGACGAAAUCGCCUUGAAAUACAAUCUUCAUCUUCUCGUUCGACGGUGCACAAUGGUGCAAAUAAUUCUUAUAGUGGAUUUAUGCAUUACCAAGAUAGUGGAAAUUUCCCUCCUUCUAGAAUUGGAGAUUACUUCACUAUUCUCCUUGAGUAUUUUUUACACGAUGACAAAAGUGGUAGUGGAGGUUCGAAAGCACUCCCUCAUGAAAUCCUAAACCCACCCGAACCACUCAGUAACGUGAACAUAAAUCAAAGAGUUGAUAAUGACGGGAACUCAAUUCUCCACUGGAUAUGUGCAAUGGCAAAUUUGACUCUCGUGGAGUUUUUGAUAUCAAAGUUCAAUGAGCUUAUCGAUUUGAAUCUCAAAAACUAUCAUGGAGAGAGCCCGUUAAUGUUUCUGGUAAAAUUUAAUAAUAGUUACCAGCAGCAGAACUUCCAGGAUAUUCUACAACUUCUUAAAGGAUCUAUAUCAAUGGUCGAUAACAAGGGACAAACAGUUCUUCAUCAUAUCGCAUACUUUUGCAAACUGAAUGACCCUGAAUCCAGAAGUGUGAAGGAACGAUACGCAAAAUACUAUUUGGAUUGCAUUCUUGAAGCAGCAUCUGAGAUUGACAGUCAAUCAGGAUCGGCGCAAGAGAUGCGUUUGCAAGAUCUACUUAAUUAUCAGGAUUCAGAGGGCAACACAGCUCUACACGUGUUUGCCUAUAACAUGAGUAAAAAAUGCAUAAAGAGCAUAAUCAAAUACCAUGAGAUACUUAAUCUAGGCCUCCGAAAUGCCGUGAACCAUACAGCUGAGGACUAUCUCGCAUCAAACAAUUACAUCUUGAGAAUUGAAAAUGAUUAUAGUGAGGAGAUCAAAGUCAAGGAUGCGAUCUCCAUAGAAUCAACCGCUAAGGAGCAGGCGUCCAUAUUGACUAAUUCUCAGGGUUUAGAGUCGCAGCUUCAUAAUUCAAAGGAGGCGAUAAGCCUACAGAAUCGUUCAGUGAACGCGAUUACAGAGAAGCUCAGCGAACUUUCUUAUGCCAUGCAUCGUGAACUAAGUUCGAAAGAUGAGAAGUUAUUGACCUUACUCAAUUGUUUGCGUAAAAUAAGUUUUGAUAAAUUCUUAUCUCAAAAGAUAAACCUCAAAGUCUUCAACCUCGAUUACCUCAUUGAAGACAUAGAAAAUGAAUUCGAAACUAAACACUCGCUGCAAAAAAAUUCUGAACGAGGGCAGUUCCUCAUUGAUAUUUCGCGAGAUCACAUUAUUCAAGAGGAGAUUUUCAGGCUCAUUAACGACAUGUCUUUUCAAUUUUUGAUGGCAAAAGAAGAGGCAGGUGCCACAGUUUCAGCCUACCAAAAGAAGAGGGAGAUGGUGAGCCGCAAGCUAUUGAAAGAAGCAUUCGGGAAGUACAUAUCCCAAGAGCAACGUGCUAUUUCUUCAUCUCGCAACGAAUUGGCAGUCAAUCUCCACAAAGAGAUUCUAAGAAGAAGAGAUUUAGUCGAGCAAAUUCACAAGCUUGAGAAAAACACACCUCUUGUGUUUCAGAAUUUGGAAGAGUUUAAAGAAAACAACGAUUCAAUCAUAUGCAUGCAUUCAAAUCUCGAGACUUCAGGGAUGCUUUCUCAUAUUCCCAAAGAUGAUAAGUUGUACAAGUAUUGCAAGUUGAUUUCACUAAGUUGCGGGAUGUCAUUUGCAGAAGUGGAACAAUCCAUCGACUUGAUUGAACAAUCACUUUUAAGAACUAAGCGUUGA